AGCCUGCCGCACGGCUGGCUGCUGCGCGUCCUUGGCUAGCUCGCCAUGCCGGGGGCGCGGCUGGUGGUGCUGCCGGCUGCCCUGCUGCUGCUGCUCGUGGCCUUGGCCUGCUGGGGGCCUUGGCGGCGGCGGGGCCCCGAAGCGCCCCCGGGCUUGCGGCGGGACCUGGAGCGGCGGCGGCGGGACCUGAGCCGUCUGGCCGCUGCCAUCCAGGCGCGCGUUUCCCCUCCUGCUGCUGCAGGGCGUGCCAUAGGCUGCGCGGAUCUGGACGGCGCGACGGGGCUGAGCCUGGUGGGCUGCGGCAUCACCAAAGUGGUGCUGAGAGCCGUGUUGCCGCCGCCGGGCGGCCGGGAGGUGGCCCUGAAAUCCGUGCACGGCUCCGGCCGCGACGUGACCGGCUGCGUGCGGCGCUACGGACACCCGGGAGGCUGCCGCCGGCUGGCCGCUUACAAGCUGCUCAAGGAGAUGACCCUUCUGCAGAGCCUGGAGCAUCCUGGCAUCGUCAAGUUGUACGGUCAGUGCCAUGAUAGCAGUGCCAAUCCUGCGGCGAAGAUCACCACGAUACUGGAGCUGGGAAGACCGCUGGAGAUGAUUGAGCUCCUUCAGACCCCCUGGGAGAAGAGAUUUAAAAUCUGUCUGGAUCUAGUCGAAUUGCUCUAUUACUUGGCGAAUUCUCCUCUGGGCUCCAUCACCCUCCUGGAUUUCCAGCCUAGGCAGUUUGUGAUGGUGAAUGGGGUCCUCAAAGUGACAGACCUGGAUGACGUAAGCACCGAGGAACUGUCGUGCCAGACAGAUAAGGACUGCUUGUUAGAAUUCCCGACAAAGACCUUUUCUCUUAAAUGCAUGCAUGGGAAGUGCGAAGGAAUCAACGAGCAAAGAAAUCUCUUCAAUGCCUACAGGUAUUUUUUCACGUAUCUCUUACCUCACACGGCGCCUAUCACUUUACAGCCCAUUCUGAAGGAUAUCCUGAAUGCCACAGGUGAUUUACGAUACGGAGCAAAUGAAACACUGAGAGCUUUUCAGAAAGUUUUGCAUUUGUACAAGUCUGGACUUUACCUGCAGAAGAAGCCUUCUCAUUUAAAAGAAUAUAUUGCUUUACGAGGGUUCCAUAGUGGGACUGCAGAGGACUAUAAAUGCUGGCCCUCUUACAGCCACACGGGAUGCAUGCUGUCUGUUCACAAUGCAGAAGAAGCUGCGGACGUUUGCAGUUCCCAUCCGCAGUGUCAACGUUUUAUCAUCACUCCACAGAAGACAUGGACAGGACGUCCACUCGCUUUGUUUCAAAGCAGCUCAGCUGAUUUAAUCCGAAGCAAUAAUACGGUGGUUUACGUGAAACGAUCUGCCGCUGCUGCCUCAAGGGAGAAGCCUCUAACAAGAAACCUGAAUGGGUACAGAGAUGUUGGAGAAGAACUACUCGUCAGGACUAAUUUCAGUCCCCCAGAAAGAUGACACACUUUAUUUCCAUUUAAGAACAUGUUCUCUGUACCAAGUUCGGAGCUAUUUCCCCGAUCCAAGAAAACCUUCCCUGUGUAAGAUGCACUCCCCUCUACAAAAAUCCUUGCUGAUCUGAGGCGCUUUUUGCACAAGCCUUAUAAAAUAUUUUGAGGCAGGAAAUAAAACGUUUCCUCCGUGGAGUUCCACGUUGCUUUUGGCAAAAGUUUUAUUUCCCGCCUCAAAACGUUUUAAAUGAAUCCCCUUUCAAAACAGUUCUCUGGCUGAAAGGUUUUGAAAAUGUCUUCAGUUGUGCGAUCUAUUGACGACGUUUCCCACAGUUCUCUCUGCGCUUCCCUGAUCUUCCUCCUCACUCAGUUUCGCCUGUUAUUUGCAGCAUUUCUCUGUUUGUUCUUUUGGGGGGUUUUGCGGGGGGGGGGCAAUCUUAGAAUCAUUGAGUAUACGAGAAAUAUAGAAUGCAGCACGAGCCAUUGAACAUUGACUCAACACAGAACUGAAAAAAAUGGGGAAAAUCGCAUAAUCGUUUAGAAACGUUUUGGGGGAUUUGCGCAGAAAGGGCCUGAUUUAUGUGUUCACCUGAGUUCCAGGACUCCGUGAUCUUUUCCUGUGAUACAGAGUGUUCUGUAGGGCUAAACAGGCAUGAUCCUGCCUUAGGGGAAAUUAUUGGACUUGCUAACCAUUUGGUGUUCUAUUAGCAUGAUUUUAUGCUACCUCUGCAGAAAUAACCUGUGGAGGAAAAUGGAGACCUAUGAAAAUGAGUAUCAUUUUGAUGGGUAAAACUGUGAGGACUGAGAAAACAGGAAGAUAAAAAUAUUUAGUUCAUUUCUCUCUCAACACAUGCCAUUCCUAAGAAUUCUACAGCAUGUGUACUGUGUGCGCUGGCACACAUACAAGCAACAAUUUGUUAGAUACCAUGUUACAAAUGAAUAUGAUUUCAUUGCAGCUUCAUAUAAAAUCAGUAAUUUACAAGUGUGCAUAAUGUGUUACACACAUUGUCCAUAUUUAAACCAAAACUGCUAGAAAGUAUAGAUCAGAACAUGAACUCUAAAAUAGAGGUCUUGUAACAAGAAACCACUUGCAGAAAAUACAAUGUACAGGCAGGUUCCUUAAAGACAGAAAUGCCUGAUCAUGUAUGCCAAACAUGGAGUCAAGAAGAAAAAUUGUCUGUCUUCAAUGGAAAACGCUGUAAAUCCAUUUUGCUGUUACUGUGUUGUUCAAGACUUUCCCCAAAUGCAUGCCAUAAUCACACUUCGCAUUGCUAUGUCACGGUCUUAUUAACUAAGGAUGGCACGGGGUUUCUGUUCCCCAGUGUCCAUAACACAACAGUAGGGAAAACUGAAAGUCUCUCCAGCUGACAAUUCACAUGUGUGGCACACUUAACCCACAAAAUGAGAGACAAAGGUUUGUUUUGUGAUAUAAAAGUUCAAGGUAUCCCAACUGACAUGUGGGUUUUUCAUGACUUUUGGAAGUUGUAACAAUCUUAGAGAUUUGUCAGUGUUACUUUCAGUGAAAGAGAUUCUGUCAAAUGAAAUGUUCACAUAUUUAUGUGUAAAAAACUUUGCUAUAAAUUGAUGGAUUUUUUUUCA